AUGGUGUUUGCAAGUGAUUCUCGUAACAAAAUAUGUUGGAGAAGAAAUUUUUGGGACAAAGUAGAAACAAUCGAUAUAUCAAGCCCCAAAUAUGCUCGGAGUUCCAUAGCACCUCAUGAAAUUCAACUUUGCAUCAAUAAAGUCAACUUUGAAGAUGAAGGAAUGUAUGAGGUUGUUAUAGAACAAAGAAUAGCUUCUAUUGCUAUGAAGGUUUUAGAUGCAGGGAUCUAUGAAAUUGAUAUAGAUGGAGUCACAGAAUCAGUGGCUUUGGAGCUUGACAUAGCUGCCAGCAUUGUGAAAAAACACCCAGGUCAAAAAUGUGAGGCUUGCUGUCAACAUUGUGAUGCCCUAGUUUGUAUGAAAUGUGUCAUUGCAUCUCACCAAAACCACAAUAUUAGAGACAUUCCUUUCGAAUACCAUGACAAUAGGAAGAAAAUUAUGCUGGAAAUAGAAGAAAUUCAAAAGCAACUGGAUUUAGAGACGCUGCAAAGUGGUCCCAGUGAUUCAAAUAUUAAAGAUAAGAUUUCUAAAACAAGUCUACAAUUUGAAGAGCUUGACAGAGAAUUAGAAAAAGCCAGAACAUAUUGGCAUCAGGAAGUAGAUGAAAUGUUUGACACACACCAAGAUUUGAUUAAGUCUUUGAAGAACAAGGCCCUGAAAUCCCUUACCGAUCAAAGAUAUGCACCUGACAGCAAAUCUGAGAGAAUGAUCCAAACUAUAAACGAAAACAAGGAAAUCCUAAGGUCCAAAACAGUCUUCAGAGUGAUCAACUACAAACCAAAUCCUAAAAAAUAUCAAGAUCUUCCUGCCGAUUUUGAUGUGAACAUUCCUUCCUUAAAAUUAAACGCAGACCGUGGUAAACUCAGCAUAGAAUUUGGAGAACACAGAGCUAUUUUUACACAGACAUUACUUUUUAAUCAAACCAGUGAUAACUAUGGAUCGUCUUUAGCAGAACCAUUUUGCAAAUUGAUAGCUGAUAUUCAAACUUCAUUGACCGAUCAUAAUCUUGAGUCAAUAGCCUGUCUUGAAUCCAAUGAAGCAUGGGUUUUUGGUGGAGGAAGAAAUAUAGUGCGUUUAAACUUGGAUUGGUCUGUGAAGGAAACCGUGUACCUCACAGAGGAGACAGUUGACAUCUCAGUGACUCAGCAGGGAGAACUUAUAUGUACUGAUUUUGUCAAUAAAGCUGUAUUGAUUUUCAGAUUCGGCAGGGCAGAUCACAUAAAAGCUGGAGGUCAUAUGGCAUUUGCUGCACCAGUUCAGGCGAUAUUCUUGUCAACAUGGUUAUGGAUGAUUUUAGCCGUCAUAAAAUAUGAAAAUACAAAUGGUUACGUUUGUGCCUCUGAUGGAAAUGCAAAGAAAGUAGUCGUGGUGGACGAGAAAGGGGCGGUCCGAUAUGAAGGCUGUCAAGCCAGAAGGAAGAAAUAUUUUUGUCCAGAACAAAUAGCUACUGAUUCCAAGAGUCAGAUCAUUGUGACUGAUCACAACAAUGAUUGUUUACACAUUCUUGAUCAGAAUGGACAAUUCUUACAAUGCAUUGAUAACUGUGGAUUAGACACGCCAGGAGGAUUAAGUAUAGAAAGCCAGACAUAUGAGACUUGCUGUCAAAAGUGUGACCUCCUGGUCUGCAGGGAAUGCGUCAUUACUUCACACAAAAGCCAUAAUAUCGAAGAAAUUCCGUUUGAAUAUUAUGAAAACAGGAAGACAAUUCUGCUAGAAACAGAGGAACUCCAGAAGAGAUUGGAUUCAGAGGAGCAAAUUAUCAGACGCAAAUCAUAUAUUUCUGAAGUAACAGCAAAGAUUAAUGAGCUUGAAAGAAAAUUGAAAGGAUCCAAAACAGACUGGCAUAAAGAGGUAGACGACAUUUUUAACAAAUACCAGGUUUCAAUUAACACUAAGAAGAACAGGGCAUUAAAACCCCCAAUAUUAGUCCAACAAAUCCUUGCACCUUAUGUAAGGAUCAGGAAAAUGGAGAACACAAUACAUGAAAAUAAAUACAUCCUACGUGCCCGAACAAUCUCGAAAGUAGUCAACUACAAAUCCAAACUUCUUAAAUACCCAUUUGAUCUGAGCCUUUCUUCCUUAAAAAUAAACACAGAUCCAGGUAAAGAGCUCAGCAUAGAAUUCGAAGGACAUAAAGCUACAUUAACACAGACACAACUUUUCAGCCAGACUAGUGACAAUUCUGUAUUGUCUUCGACAGAAUCAUCUGGGAAUAACAAAAUGGUUGCUGAUACUCAAACUGGGGAGGACAAAGUGGUUGCUGAUAUUCAAACUCCACUAGGUGAUGUUUAUGCAAUAGUUUGUACUGCAUCUGAUGAAGCAUGGAUUGUGGGUAAAUGCAAACACAUAUAUCAUAUUGACGUGAAUGGGUCUGUUAGGGUAUGUAUCACCGUCACAGGGAAGUCGUCUGAUAUCUCAUUGUCUCCUUAUGGUGAACUUACAUACACAGACUGUGUCAAUAAUACUGUGAUGAUUGUCAGAUUGGGUUUGGUAAAAGAGCUUAUAAAAGCACCUGAAGGCUGGAAGCCACGGGGAUUGUGCUGUACCAAAUCAGGUGAUAUCCUUGUCAACAUGACUUCAAAUGAUUACAGCAAUCAAAAAAUAGUACGUUAUAAGGGACAAACAGUAAAACAAGAAAUAGAGAACGAUUCUAAUGGAAAACCUAUUUACCGGGGAGGAAGAAAUGAAAGGAAAUUGGUCGUUGUGGACAAGAAAGAGAACGUAAGAUUCCGCUACAAAGGUUCUCCAGCCAGGAGAAAGAAAUAUUUCUGUCCAGAGCACAUAGCUAAUGAUUCCAAGAGUCAGAUCAUUGUGACGGAUGACAACAAUGAUUGUCUGCAUAUUCUGGAUCAGAAUGGACAAUUCUUACAAUGUGUGGAUGACUGUGGAUUAGAUACACCGGGAGGUCUAAGUGUAGACGGUAAGGGAAGGUACUGGGUUGGUCUGCAUUCUGGAAAAUUGAGAGUGGUUGCAAUGAAGAUCUAUACCUGCAGGAAAUAUUGUAUGCUGAUGAACUAA